AUGGCUUCCCAGCAAGCCCUCCGCCCGCUCCUGCGCCUCACCCGCCCCGCCACCCAAAUCGCCAGAAUCACCACCACAACACGCACAAAAGCAGCCGCCGCCGCGACAGCAACAGCUCCUAAACCCGCCCCAAGGCCCGCCGUCUCCCGCGCCGCCACGCCGAUAGUCAAGAAGCCAUACACCAAACCCGCCCCCAAGCCCCCGUCACCACCCCCGCCUCCGCCACCAGCAGCAACCCCCGAAGCCGACGCCGCCAUCGGCCCCUCGCUCUCCUCCUCCACACCGCUGCCCACCGCGCCCUUCGACAACGGCACCAGUAACGGCAACGGGAGCGGAAGUGAGGACGGCAACGGCAACGGCGUCGUCGACUGGACGAGAUCAUACUACGGCCUCGGCACGGCGCGCUUCCCCAAGGAGGUCGUCGACAUCCUGCUGCAGCCCGUCAACCCGGCCGACGUCGAGGUCAAGCCCGACGGCAUCAUCUACCUGCCCGAGAUCAAGUACCGCCGCAUCCUGAACCAGGCGUUCGGCCCCGGCGGCUGGGGCCUGGUGCCCAAGGGCGAGGUCGUCGUCGGCGAGAGGAUCGUGACGAGGGAGUAUGCGCUCAUUGCUGAAGGACGAUUCAUCUCCCAGGCACAAGGCGAAAACGGCUACUUCAACGUCGAGAACCUCCCCUCCGCCGUCGAGGGCUGCAAAUCCAACGCCCUGAUGCGCUGCUGCAAGGACCUGGGUAUCGCUUCCGACCUGUGGGACCCCGUCUUCAUCCGCGCCUUCAAGAAGGAGUACGCCCUCGAGGUGUGGUGCGAGCACGUCACCACGGGCAAGAAGAAGCUCGUCUGGACCCGCAAGGAUGUGCCGAUUGCGUACCCGUUCAAGAAGACGCAGUAA